UUGAAGCGUGAACGAGAACGCUCUCCGAUGUCACUGGACGAAGAUAACACGCAAACUUCUAGCCCAGGAGGAUGGCAGAGCAAGCUGUCCGCGUUGAACUUCUUGCACCUGCAGGUCCACCGGCGGGGAACUGCCACGUCGAGCCGUGCCUCGUCUCGCAAAUCAUCCCGAGCAUCGGACGCUUCCGAUUUGAGUGAGCUGGCGGGUCCAUGGCUCAAUCUACCGCUAAUGCUGGUAUCCGGCACAAGCGAUAUGGUAAAGGAUGUCAAGCAGCAACAUUCGAACGGACUUGAGAUGAAGGACGCACCGGAUGUGAAGGGACAGCGUCGCAAAUCGUUCUACAACUUCCCCUUCUUCCUGCGGCACCAGGACGCCGUCGAGGAAACGUCUACCUCAUCACCGCAGCCUCAGAAGCGGCCACUAAAGGACAGUGACACAAAUCUGUCGCUUACCGCAUCACUCGAGAAGGUACCGGUCCCCCCUCCAACGACGCCAAAGUCGAAGCGUGCCACAAGCUUCGUGAAGAAAAAGCCUCCGUUGGAACGCGGAUUUUCCGCCCAGAGUGCUUUGCGCCUGAAUCGCAAUGCGGUAGUGCCGGAUGACACACUGUCGACAUCGGCUGCUGACGUGAGUAUACUCGUGACGGAACCAUCACCGGAUGUUCCGGCUGUACCAGCACCGGGGGAAACACUCGUCCAUGUGCUGGUGCACCGGGAAAGCGAAGAAUAUCAAUCAGAACUAGACGAGAAAGGCGAACCCAAAGUCAAAGAACCGCGCGAUCCAUCCCGUGCAAGUGACAUCAAACUUUCACCCGGCACGAACGUUGACUAUCAAAUUCUAGGUGGGCUGGAAGGGGAACCGCGCCCCGUCGUGACGAUCUGCGUGGAAAGCCCGAUGGAGUCGCCGGAUCAGGAUGGUACGAAUGCAACCACCACCGGUACGGUUGCGAUACCGAUCGAUCCGGAACCGAUCGAUGUGAAUCUGCCCCGCGAUACGAGCAACAUAUUCUACGACUACGACGAUCAAUCGACGCGAGUUCCGGCCGCUGUUGCAGUAUCCGGCGAGGGUGCCGAUUUGAACAAAAUCGAGUACGAUCCGGCUGGUGGUACCGUGACGGUUGAGAUUACGAAUGAGCUGGAAUGUAAGGCCGGCCGAGCGUCCGGCUCUGCCGGCGACCGGUAUGACGAACAGCGAGACCGGCCAUCUAGCAUCACCGACCAGGAUCUUUCUGAAGGUUCGUCGAGCUGA